AUGGAUAGCGAUGAGUAUAAAAAGGAAGUUGAAGCAAAUGUAAAGGCAGAAAAACUUUUACAGUUGCAAAACCAAACCGUACAGUAUGAAAACUUAGCACAAGAAAGUAAAAAUAACGACGCAGCCAUGCAAAAGGCAAUGAAAAGCGCAGAAUAUAUAAAAGCUAACAAUGACUGGUUAGAUGCCCAAGCCAACGCUAAAGCAGCCCAGCUUAUAGGGUCAAUAAGGACAAAAAUACAAGCGGAUGAAGACAGUUCAAAUGAAGCUUUAACGAAUGCUGACUUUAAGAACGCCUUCGAAGCUCUUCAUAGUAAGGUGAAACAAGUGAACGACUUCUCAUCUGGAAAGAAACUGAAGUCUGAAGGUUUCGACAACGAGUUAAGAGAAGUAGCACAAAAUAUGACGAAAAUAACAGAUGCAGCAACGAGACAGGCAGUUCAAAGUGCCUAUGACGCCGUUAGAGCAACUGUUGUGAAAAGUCAAGAA